CCUAACCUAACUUUAUUUGAAUUUGUUGAUUGCUGCUUUUCUUAGCUUCGUUAUCCAGUUUUGGUUUUUAAUUUGCCUUUUUUCUUUUAGUAUCAUAAAUUAGCUGUUUUGCGAAAGACAAUUGCAGUUAACAAACGAAGAAAUCCAAUAAAGUAUUCUACGAUAGAUUCUCAACAAAAUAUUAUUUGGAAAUCAAAUAGGUGUACUUUUCAACUGUUACAUGUAUUUUAUUUUGCUGUCCUAAUCCACAUAUGCAGUCAGCCAAACAAUCCAGACUAACCUGAUGAUUUAAAAAUCCAGUUAAACUGCUAAUUUUGUGGAUUACUUCAUGUUUAUCUGAAAAUCAGGAUGAAUCAGACUAAUGUUAUAAAUAGUCUCAAACAAGGGGGAUAUAAGAGGAGAAAACAAUUUUCAAAUUUACUUAAGAAAUACUCCAAGCGACAAAAUAACAAUCAAAUACUAAUAAGCUGCAAAAAUAUUCCCGAUUUUUUACCCGAUGAAGACGAUAUCAAUUUGGAUCCUGGUGCUCUUGAUCCAGUGACCCAGGAUGUUGAAAUAAAAGAGCGUCACCUGGAAAAAUUGGUUUACUACACAACUGAAAGAACAAAGGCCAAAAUCGUAGAAAACGGCUGUAGAAACUAUUUCAACUAUAAAAUGAAGAAAGAAUAUGAAAAAUUGUGCAGAAAAUAUACUCCGGAAAUGCUUUACCCUUACAUACGUGACUGCUUUCCCAGCAUGACAAUGGAAGUGAGACAAUUUUUAGACGAAUACAGCUCUUUAAAAGAGAUGUUGAUAAGGAGAGAACAGUUUAGGGAUAACGAAGAAAUACUGUUGGCAAUUAAUCUAGCCAUUUCAGAGGAAUGGGAACGGAUUGUUGUCGAAACCGGAAUUCAGACCAAAUAUAUAUCGGCUUAUACUGCUCCCAUAGUCUACAGCGUCAACAGAAUGGUUAUAAUGGAAACAAUAGAGGAAUAGUGACCGUUUGUAAAAAAGAGUUAUCUCACAUGUCCCAGGAUAUUUUAUUAAUUGUACCAGAAUACAGGGUGUUCCGCAUGAGAACCGAUACAGAGCCAUGAUAGUGAAGAAAUACUCAAACUUAAAACGAACCGAAUUUGUUAUACAUUUCGAGUUUGCUAAGAGCAUUAACCAAUAGGAAAAUCAAUUGAUGUAUUUUAAAGGGUUCAUUAGGGAUGAUGCUCCCUUAAAAUGUUGCAGAAUUUGCUUGCCUGAUGGAUGAAUUAAAAAUUAUAAGUUUAUCUAGUAGGUAAUUUCAUUAUAAUACUUUUUUUAUUGUUUUUGAUUUUUUAAAUUCUUUGUAAUUUUGAUGAAAAACGCUAAAAAAUAGAGUCAUGUGCAUUAUCAAUAUUACUUAAAAUCGUUGAUAAUUCAAAAUUUUGCUGUAUGUAUUAAGUUAAAAUUGGGUUUAUAUUAUACAGGGUAUCCCAAUGAAAAGUAGUCCCUUUAAUGAGCUUAUAAUUUUUAAGCGCCUAAUACUCAAAACAUGCGGUUUUCUCAAAUAUGUUUUAUUUUAUUAUGUUUUGUUAUAGUGAUACAGAAAUUAUGCAUUACAGAUAGAGGGUGUUUUAUCAAAAUCUCUCUUUUAAAUUCACAGCAACCAAUUUUUUUUAAACAGAACACCACGUAUAUACAUUAUUUUCAAAAAUGUAUUAUUUGUACAUGUUAUUCUACAAAAGAAGAUCUCUUUUUUCAUAAAAUUUGGUUAAUGUGAAUUUAAAAGAGGGGAUUUUUAUGAAACACCCUGUACAGGCGAUACAAAAUGUUUGUGUCACUGUAACAAAAAGUUAUAGCAAAAUAAAGUAUAUCUGCAAAAACCGCAUCUUUUUCUGAUUAGGCGUUUAAAAAUUAUUAGCUCGCUAAAGGGGUUACUUUUCAUUGGAAGACUCUGUAUUUUAGGUUUAUCUACAAGCCCCUGGCCUGUAUCUGUUCUUACGCAGGACACACUGUAUUUAAGUGGUAAGUGUUUAUUUUUAUAUUUAUAAUUUCUGCUUCGAAAGACUAUAUUUUAAAAAU